UACACAAUGGUGUCGACACAAUUAAGCUGUUUCUUUUGCAAGCAAACGCUACUCCGGGACAAUUCUCUCUCGUCUCUCCAGAAAAAUGUCGACAUCUCCCUUUCUCUCUCUAAAACACUGCAUUUAUACCCACUCUACAUAUAUAUAUAUUAUUGUAUCUAUCCCUUUGUAUUUGACGAAUAUCAUCAUCGCGUGUCAUGGGCUUGGAACUUGUCAGAGCUCUUGUUUGGUUCUAAUUUAUUUUUGUAUAUAACUCCCAACCCCUCAAUCACGCAUAUCCUUGUGUAUAGAGAUUCGCGUUUUCUGAAUUUGCAGGAAAUUGAAUACAAGCCUCCAAAAACCACGGGAUAGAUUUGGAAGGGCGGAAUAUUUUACCUUCUGCCGAUGUCAUUUAUAGAGGAUCUAGUGCCGGUUCUUUGGUCUGGAAAUUUUGGAGAGAAAAUUCGGAACAUGUCCAAGUCAAUGUCGACCACCACGUGCGCGCACGAAGACUCGUACGCGGGCUGCCGUGACGACUCGUACGCGCUCGUCCUGAAGCUCGUGGCCAUUGCCGCUAUCCUUUUCACCGGCAUUUGUGGUGUCUCCAUCCCUCUAGUGGGCAAAAAACGGCGCUUCCUACGCACGGAUUCCAACCUCUUUUCCGUCGCAAAAGCCUUUGCCGCGGGCGUGAUCCUUGCCACGGGCUUCGUUCAUAUUCUCCCGGAUGCCACGUCAGCGCUCACAAACCCGUGCCUCCCGAAAGUUCCUUGGUCAAAGUUCCCCUUCUCUGGGUUCAUCACAAUGAUGGCUGCGCUGGCCACACUGCUGGCUGACUUUGUCGGGACACAGUAUUACGAGCGGAAGCAGGAGGAAGGUGGUGUGAGAAGUCAGGUGGAUGGGGCUUCAGGUAGCGUUAUUGAGUCAGGGAAGGUGUUUGGUGAGGAGGAGGGUGGGGCAAUGCACAUUGUGGGUAUGCGGGCCCACGCGGCACACCAUGGGCAUAGCCACUCGCAGGAGGAGGGAGCUUGUGCUGGCCACAGGCAUAGGCGUGGAGUUGAAGAUGAGGAUGAGGAAGGCGGGGUUCUCGAGCUCGGGAUUGUUUCACACUCGGUGAUCAUUGGACUGUCUCUCGGGGUCUCACGCAGCCCGUGCACGAUCAGACCCUUAAUUGGGGCCUUAUCUUUCCACCAGUUCUUUGAAGGCUUUGCUUUGGGAGGGUGCAUCUCUCAAGCCAGGUUUCUGACGACCCCGCUUGGGAUAGCAGUCGGGAUUGGAAUCUCAUCGUUUUAUAAUGCAAACAGCCCGCGGGCUUUGGUGGUGGAGGGUGUUUUGGACUCAAUAUCUGCUGGGAUUUUGGUGUACAUGGCAUUGGUGGACCUGAUCGCAGCCGAUUUCUUGAGCAAGAGGAUGAGCUGCAAUGUUAGGCUGCAGGUGGUGUCUUAUUUUGUUCUGUUUCUAGGGGCGGUGUUGAUGUCUUCACUGGCUUUGUGGGCUUAG